AUGGUCGGGUAGGGUUUUGCUCAUCCCCUAAAGCCAAUAUAUCAAAUAUAAAUGAAACUAAAUUUGUAAAAUCUUGAAAAUCAUUAUAAAUCGAAGCAUAUCUGAAUAAAAUCAAGAUUCGAGUCGCCAGAUGGAAUCCACAUUCGGUUUCCGACUGAUUCCCACCACUACGUCGUCGUUUCUUCCACACCACUUACCUAUUAACCUCAAAUUACCAAGCUUACAACGUUCAAGCUUCAUUGAGCAGAAUCGAAAGAACGUGAUUAGAAAUUGUUAUCGGCCCCAUGAAAUUGGCCCAAUUGAUGGAUUUCAGUUCACACCCACCAAGGGUUUUGUGGGAGAGGCGAUUGGAGCUGAGUAUGGAGAAGGGUUUGAGACUUUUAGGCCAGAUGGGCCCUUGAAAGUUGAUGUUGAUUUUUUAAAUGAUAGAUUACAAGAGGGUUUUCUAAAAAGAAUUCGAUACGCGAUGAAACCUGAUGAAGCUUAUGGACUUAUAUUUUCAUGGGACAAUGUGAUGGCGGGCACUCAAGCUUUGAAAUUGAGUGCUUGGAAAGAACUUGCACGUGAAGAAGGAAAGGAGAUUCCUGAGGAUGAUGAUGUACAACGGCUUUUGCUUCAUGGUGCUCCUGAUCAUGUUUUGCAUAAGGUGUUGUCGUGGGAGAAUGAAGCAUGUGAAUUGGAAAGAUUAACGUUGAAACUCUCACAGUUAUAUAGCAACAAUCUUCUCAAGCUUUCAAAACCCUUGGAAGGCCUGAAAGAAUGGUUGGAUGCAGUAUCGACCGCCCAAAUUCCUUGUGCUGUUGUUUCAAGUCUCGAUAGGAGAGUUAUGGUUGAGAUAUUGGAACGAAUGGGACUCAUGAAAUAUUUCCAGGCAAUAGUAACAGAGGAAGAUGGCAUGGAUUCUAUGGCUCAUAGAUUACUUUCUGCAGCAGUCAAGUUGGAUAGAAAACCUUCCAAAUGUGUGGUUUUUGAAGACGACCCUCGAGGUAUAACCGCCGCUCAUAACUGCACAAUGAUGGCGGUGGCGCUCAUUGGUGCACAUCCAGCGUAUGAUCUGGUGCAGGCUGAUCUUGCUGUUGGCGGUUUUAAUGAAUUAUCGGUGAUUAACCUCCGAAGACUUUUUGCGCACACGGGUUCGACUUUCAUGGAACUACAGAAGCAAGUUGUAGAGAAAACACCUCCAAGAAGGAGACUUACAGUUGACACCAUCUUUUGAUUUAUGUGAAAUUCUUGCUGUAAAUUUUAUAAAGUUCAAAAUGUAAAAUCCUGUUAUGUUACCAUGGUGUACAUAAUUCAACUCCAGUCAAAGCUAUUUAUACGCCAACACAAGAUCUGCCGCUUGUGAAUAGCAACGCUUGGUCUACUCUA